AGCUCCUGGUAUCCUUCUCUCUUCCCCGAUCAUUCCAGAAUUAUCUUCUUCUUCCUCCUCUCCUUAUUCCUCUCUACGUUAUAAAUCCAUCAUUGAAAUGAUCGUUUGGUCAUUCGUCACUCAUAGAAGUUCUCGAUUCAUACUUGUUUUUUUCAAUCGCGCUCGAAUUUUAGAAACAGAUCGUUAACAGAGGUCGAAAUGGAUAUCAGUUUGAUGGGUUUCGACACGCCGUUCUUCCGCAACCUCCACCACAUCCUCGAUGCCACCGAAGACACCAACACCAACAGCAAAUCAAGCAACGCCGGACCUACUCGCGCUUACUUACGUGACGCCAGAGCAAUGGCUGCAACUCCGGCGGAUGUGAAGGAGUAUCCCAGCUCUUACGUUUUCAUCGUCGACAUGCCGGGUUUGAAGUCCGGAGAUAUCAAGGUUCAGGUGGAGGAAGACAACGUGUUGGUGAUAAGUGGAGAAAGGAAAAGGGAACACGAUCAGGAAGAGAAGGAAGGAGCGAAGUACGUGAGAAUGGAGAGGAGGAUCGGUAAGUUUAUGAGGAAGUUUGCUUUGCCGGAAAAUGCUAAUACGGAUAAGAUAUCUGCGAUUUGUCAAGAUGGGGUACUUACUGUCACAGUGGAGAAACUGCCGCCGCCGGAGCCCAAGAAGCCGAAGACGAUCCAGGUCAACGUUGCUUGAAGAAUGAAAUGGGAUCGCUCGUAUGUGGUGAAAUUCUAUAAAUAAUCUGGAUUCAAUCAAUAGGUACGAUAUGCUAUAGGGAAUGUGGGUUUGAAUAUGUAGAACGGGUUAUUGGAUAUCUGUAAUUGCUUGUUUGUUUUGCUCUGUUUUGCUAUAAUCAAUCUAUUGUUGCUGGUUUUUCAUUUCAA